CUCCCCUUGCCUUCUCUCUCUAACUCCUCUCUCUCACUGGUGAAUAUUUUCUUCCUUCUUUUACUCUUUCCCUUUUUUUCCGUGUCUCUCACUUUCUCGUCUUCCUUAGAAACAAAAAAACACCCCUCUUCCGUUUUGAUUUCUGUUGCUGUCUAACUUGAUCAAGCUUGUGAGCUGCAAUCGAGAUGUCGGGACAUUUAGAUCGCCCCUCGGAUCAAAGCCCCGAGAAGAAUGAUGUGGAUAAUCUUGAUGAUGAGAAGAAAACUAGGAUCGGGUCCCUCAAGAAGGCGGCAAUCACUGCCUCUAACAAGUUUAGGGACUCAAUUUCUAGAAGGGGCAGGCGGAGCAGCAGAGUCAUGUCCGUUGUGCUCGAGGACGAGCAUGAUGCUGAGGAGGCGCAGUCCGUGGAUGCAUUUCGCCAGGCGCUUAUUCUAGAGGAGUUACUCCCUGCAAAACACGAUGACUUUCAUUUGCUACUGAGGUUCUUAAAGGCCAGGAAGUUUGAUAUCGAUAAAUCAAAGCAAAUGUGGUCCGACAUGCUUCAAUGGAGGAAGGACUUUGGUUCCGACACCAUUAUGGAGGAUUUCGAGUUUUCUGAGAAAGAGGAGGUCGUUAAAUACUACCCACAAGGGCAUCAUGGGGUCGACAAGGAGGGCAGGCCGGUCUACAUUGAGAGGCUCGGUAUGGUUGAUUCGACCAAGCUCAUGCAGGUCACCUCGAUGGAACGCUACCUAAAAUACCAUGUUCAGGAGUUCGAGAGGACCUUCAUCGACAAGUUUCCGGCCUGCUCCAUUUCAGCCAAGAAGCAUAUAGACCAAAGCACAACUAUUUUGGAUGUCCAAGGAGUGGGGCUGAAAAGUUUCACCAAGUCCGCGAGGGAGCUCGUUCAGAGCCUUCAGAAGAUCGAUGGUGAUAACUACCCUGAGACCUUAUUCCAAAUGUAUAUUAUCAAUGCUGGAUCGGGCUUUAGGCUCUUAUGGAACACUGUCAAGUCAUUCCUCGAUCCAAAGACCACUGCGAAGAUCCACGUGCUUGGUAACAAAUUCCAGAGCAAGUUGCUUGAAGUCAUUGAUGCAAGUGAGCUACCAGAGUUCUUGGGCGGGACGUGCGCCUGCGCUGACAAGGGUGGUUGUCUGGUCUCCGAUAGGGGCCCUUGGAACGACCCCGAAAUAAUGAAGAUGGUGCGCAAUGGAGACCACAAAUGCGCGUACAGACGUUCCUCCUCGUCUGUGGAUGAGAAAAUGAUUUCAGAGGAUGAGAAUGGUAAUAAGUCCAAGAAAAGCAUGUCUUUCAACAUGAGGGACGAGUCUCCAAGAUCUACUGCUUCGAGUGACAGUAUUCCGCAGCCACAGCAGCAGCAGCAGCUCCCUGCUCCUGCUGAAGAGGUAGCUGAAUCCCAACCCCAACCCCAACCCCUACCUCAACCUCAUCCCUACCCCCAAUCCCAUCCCCGCCCCGAUCCCAUCCCACAAGAGCAAGACCAAUACGUUCACAUGGUUGAGAAGACCAUUGCAGCCUGGCCAAAAGCAAACAAACAACAAGACAGUCUCAUGCUUGUCAAAGACUUUUUCCCGGGCAUCAAUGCUUGCAAGAACGCUGAUGGCUUCAGCAACCAAAUCUUCACCGGAGUGCUGACAUUCGUCAUGGGCGUCGUCACCAUGGUCCGUAUGACACGCAACAUGCCUAGGAGACUCACGGACGCCACCCUCUACUCUAGCUCCAUGCGUAGCGUUGAUGACAUGAUGAAAACUCGGCCACCUGUCUACGAGUCCCCAGAGGCGGCCGUCUCCAGGGCCGACUACUUGAUCAUGAUGAAGCGCAUGAACGAGUUGGAGGAGAAGAUGAGCAUAGUCUGCCAGAAGCCCCCGACUAUGGCACCCGAAAAAGAGGAGAUGCUAAACAACGCCUUGACUCGUAUUGAUGCAUUAGAGCAAGACCUUCAAGAAGCCAAAAAGUCUCUCGAGCAAUCUCUCUCGCAACAAGAGGAGCUCCUCGCUUACAUCGAGAAAAAGAAGAAGAAGAAGAAGUUCUUCGCUUUCUAACUCCAGAAACUGUGAGUAUAACAAAUUGUAUUCUUGUUCUUGUAUGAUACGAGCUCCUGAACAAGGUGUUUGCUAUUUUAUUUCAUUUUAGGUAGAUUUAUUUCCUAUCUUUUUUGUAAAUAAAAUCUUGUUUGGUGUUUAUAUCAUUGUAAACAAAGUAGCUGCUUUAGUCCUUGGCUGGCAAUCAGUUUCUUGGCUACAUUUCAAACUGUAAUUGUUUUCAAUAAAUGUUUGGGUUGUCUGAAAUGGCCCCAGUUUUCA